AUGGUCUCUAUCCUGACGAGUCCAGGAAGUGGACGACGAUGGAAGUUCAGAGGUGCCGCUUUACUAGUAUUGUCUCUGACAUACAUUCUCCUCUCCUCCUUCUUGCCGGCGGUAUCGCUGCAUGACAUGGUCUCGGGCGUUCGCCUAUCUCGAAGUACUGGCCUUUCAACACACGCCGACAACGAGCAAAGCUUUAGCCUUUCACCACAUGAUGGUCAUCAAACAGCUGUCAUUGCCCCUCAGAACGCCGGCUUUCAAAGCUCGCUUUACGAUGAGACGGAGGCAUUCCAACCAGAUGGCACCAAAAGAUUCGAUCGGAGGAGGCGUGCGACAGCUGCGCUCACUCUAGUGAAUGAGGCAGGUGAAGAUGUAGCGGAUUCAUCGAUACCAGAUACGUUGUUCCUGGUCCUCACGAAGAACUCGGAGUCCUGGAGCAGAGACAAUGCCACUGCACCACCACGCACUGUGGAAGAUAUGCUUCAAAUUUUAACAGCUACCCAGCUGGAUUUGACCACGGUAUCCCUCGCCUUAACGACCACUACGCUCAAAGAGUACAGCAAUAUCAUAUCUGCAACAUCAGAAUAUCCCUUGGCUCGUAUCACCGUCAUCCUCAGCGAGCCGGACAAAGACCUCAGCAGCAUUGCCAGCCAAGAUCGACACACUGGAAGUCUUCAACAUCUUCGACGAGCAAGCCUAGCCCGCUUGCGGAACUAUCUCAUGCUCUCCACGCUGGAGAACGAGCAGCACAUCUUCUGGCUAGACGCCGACGUCAUUAGGUUUUCCGAGAAGAUUGUGCAAACCAUGAUAUCUCACUCUCAAUCCAACGAGACGGCUGGCAUCAUCACUACAGUAUGCAGGAAGACGAACUCGGGAAACUAUGAUCAGAACGCGUACCUCACCGUCAACCCUGAUUGGGUCGAGCAUGCUGUUCAGCCGGAGAAGUUUGACGAGGCGACGUCGGCAUAUGUUAGCACGCGCAAAGGCGUGGAUGCACUCAUCCAGAACACCUCGAAUAACGAACUUGUGGGCUUGACCAGUGUUGGGGGAACACUGUUGUAUAUACGGGCUAGUCUCGUGAGAUAUGGACUGGUGUUCCCAUGGUGGAACGUUGUAGGCACGACUUGGAGGACUGAUGGUUGGGUCGGGCAGGAGACAGAGGGACUGUGCUGGAUGGCGAAGUCAUUGGAGGGAGGAGGCUGUUAUGUGCUGGGAGGGUCACAUCAUACAUUUCACGCUGAUUGA